ACAUCAGAGGACAAGAGAAGUCAUUUCAGUGUUCUAGAAGUCGCAUUGACUUUACAGUGAAGUCAAACCCCUGAACACAAGAGAAGUCAUUUCAGAGGCCAAUUCUUGUUUGGAAUCUGACAAAGGCUUUACAAUGGAGGCAAAGCUCAUCAGACAUCAGAAGGUUCACAAUGCAGAGAAGCCAUAUCAGUGUUCUGAAUGUGGGAAAGCUUUUAUAUGGAAGUCACAUCUUAUUUCACACGAGAGGGUUCACACCGGAGUGAAGCCAUAUCAGUGUUCUGAAUGUGAUAAAGCUUUCAAAACAAAAGCACAACUUAAUAGACACCAGAAGGUACACACUGGAGAGAAGCCCUAUCAGUGUUCUGAAUGUGGCAAAGCUUUUAGAGAGAAGGCAAUACUAAUCGCACACCAGAUGGAUCACACUGGAGAGAAGCCAUAUCAGUGUUCUGAAUGUGACCAAUGUUUUGUAUGGAGAACACAACUUAUUAGACACCAGAAGGAUCACACUGGAGAGAGGCCGUAUCCGUGUUCUGAAUGUGAUAAAGCUUUUAAAAGAAAAACACAUCUUAAUAGACACCAUAAGAUUCACAUCGGAGAGAAACCAUAUGAAUGUUCUGAAUGUGGCAAAGCUUUUAGAGAGAAGUCAAUACUAAUCACACACCAGAGGAUUCACACUGGAGAGAAGGCAUAUGAAUGUUCUGAAUGUGGCAAAGCUUUUAGAGAGAAGUCAAUACUAAUCACACACCAGAGGAUUCACACUGGAGAGAAGGCAUAUGAAUGUUCUGAAUGUGGCAAAGCUUUUAAAAGAAAAGCACAUCUUAUUAAACACCAGAGGAUUCACACUGGACAUAAGUAA